AUGUUGCUUUUCACUACCCUCCUGACUCAGAUACUUAUAUCAUCUGCAGCAGUUGUGAAAUUGCACUUUCCAGCAUACAGAUGCUUUCAUGUCCGCCCCUCUCUCACUAUCUGCUCAAACUUUGAUUACACAGUUCUUACCACUCCACAUCCCUUGAAAUCAGUUGGUAUUCCUGUUGUAAUUGCUCCAUUGUUUUUGUAUUCUGAUGAUACUAGUGAAAACAGAACCAAGAAAUGGAAUAAGUUUGAUGUAUGGUGGACGUCCCUAGCUUGUCUUCCAACGGAAAAAGCUCAUGAUACUACCAACAUUUUUUUUGUUGCCUGUUCUAAUCGUACUACUGCUAUACCAAUUUCUGAGUCAUUUAUUGAUGAUCUUAAAUCUCUUGAGAAAGGCAUUAGAGUUUUUGACUGUGUAUGGCAAGAAGAAGUACUUGUUAUUGCUCCUGUAAUUUGCCUCUUAUGUGAUAAUGCUAGAGCCUCGGAACUUCUCAAUCAUCUUGGAAGUACAGCAAAGAAACUUUGCAGGAUUUGUGAUACAUCAGAUGGAAGUAUGUGUGGAGAUCAUAGAUGUAAAAGUAAAGCAGAGGAAUGCAUAGCAAAUAUUGUGUCAGAGCAAACUGAGAAGGGAAAGAAGAUGUUGAGAACAUCAUAUGGUUUACGUGAGAUGCAUAACCCAUUAUUUGAACUCUCUGUUGACUUGUACAAGUCUACUCCUGUUGAAGCCCUACACACUAUACUCUUAGGGUGUUGUAAGUACAUGGUUCGGGAAUUUAUGGACCAUAGAUCAGCUAAGGAAAAAAAGGAGAUUAUGGCCAGAAUUAAAGCCUUUUCUACUUGUGGAAUGAAUUGUAGGAUUUCAAGCAGCAUAUCUUAUUUCAAAUCCUUUGUUGGAAGAGAUUUCAAGGCAUUAAUGCAGAUGGCUCUGUUUGUAUUGCAUCCAUACUUUACGGUGUCUGAGAAGAAAUGUUGGUUUUUGUUAGCUAAAGUAUUCCGUCUGUGCUAUUGCAUUUCUUUUUCUGCUAGUGAUACUGCCUAUUGGAAGAAUGUUUGUUCAGAAUUUGUGAGAGUUUCAGUGGACUAUAUGCCAUCAUAUGCAAAAAGGCUAAAGACACAUUUGGUUCUGCACUUAGUUGAUAAUAUAUUAGAUUUUGGACCUACACAAUGCUACAAUACAGAAAGAUAUGAAUCUUAUAAUUCACUAGUUAGAGCUCAAAACAUUUUUGGUAAUCGUCAGUCCCCUAGUAGAGAUAUUGCUACCAACUUUGCAGUACAGCAGCACCUGACCUUUAUUUGUUCAAGAGGCUACUUUGAAGGAAAACAAUGUGGUGAACAGCUUUAUAGUAUUUAUCUUUCUACUCAAGUCCAGCAGUUUCUAAGAGGAGUUUCUAUUAAAAAAACUCAAAGUGAUAAAGAUAUAUAUCAACCUGGUUGUUUACGGAAACUACAUCAUGGAACUGUACCUUCAAGAUCCUAG